UACAGCCAGGCAGGUCUUGGCGGGGAAGCGGUCGAGUAAACAAUCUUCGGAUCGUCGUGUGGAACAGGCUUUCUGAAUGAAAAUUGCAGUAUCGACAUCUGUAUCGACAUAUAUAUCGAUAUAGGUUUUGCUUCCGUAGCGGUUCAGAGUCGAUCAUCGCAGGGAUUGCAUAAAGAGCGUAAAGGGGUGAAGAGGAAAUAAGCAAGACACGAACAGGGAAGAAGAGGAAAUAAGCAAGACACGAACAGGGAAGAAGAGGAAAUAAGCAAGACACGAACAGGGAAGAAGAGGAAAUAAGCAAGACACGAACAGGGAGGAAGAAAAAUGAUGGAUAACGAGGAGGAAACGACGGUGCUGCAAUGGCCUGAUGUGUUGGUCAUUGUUUCGUAUUUCCUGAUCGUCCUGGCAGUGGGUGUGUGGGCGUCCAGGAGGUCCGAACGCAGCACCACGAGCGGGUACUUUCUCGCUUCGCGGAACAUGUCCUGGGUGCCGGUUGGAGCUUCUAUAUUCGCGAGCAACAUUGGAUCCGGGCAUUUCAUUGGUCUGGCCGGGGCUGGGGCGGCCUCGGGUAUCGCGGUGGGAGGAUACGAGCAGGGAGCAUCCUACCUCCUCGUGGCUCUGGGGUGGGUCUUCGUCCCAGUGUACCUGAGUUCCGGCGUCUACACCAUGCCGGAGUACCUGAAGCAGAGGUUUGGCGGAGAACGAAUAAGUGUCUACAUAUCCUGCCUGUCGCUCGCCCUGGCCGUGUUCACCAAGAUCUCGGCCGACCUAUAUGCCGGGGCGUUGUUCAUGCAGAUGUCCCUGAACAAGAGCUCCGAGGAAUGGCUGUACAUAAGCAUCCUGAUCCUGUUGGGAAUUGCUGCACUUUUCACAAUGGCCGGUGGACUGACGGCCGUGGUGUGGACUGACCUCGUCCAGACGGUGCUUAUGGUUCUUGGGGCCCUAGUCCUCAUGGUCAAAGCCUUCAGCGAAGUGGGCGGCUACGAGGGUCUGGUCGACAGCUACCCUUACGCCACCGCUUCGGAACGAGCUAGGAACCGCCUGAACGAGUCCUGUGGAGAACCGCCGAGUGAUUUCAUGCACCUGCUCAGGACGGUGGAACCCGGGAAGUCCAACUACCCUUGGAUUGGUAUGACCCUGGGAUUGGGCAUCCUCGAGCUCUGGUACUGGUGCAUGGAUCAGGUGAUGGUGCAGAGGACGCUGGCCAGCAAGAACAUCGUGCACGCGAAGGGCGGCUGUCUCCUGGCCGCCUACCUCAAGUUCCUGCCGAUGUUCCUGAUCGUGUUCCCCGGGAUGGCGGCGAGGGUCCUCUAUCCGAACCGGGUGGCCUGCGCGUCCCCCGAGGCCUGCACCCGGAUCUGCGGCAGCGCGAGGGGGUGCUUCAACAUCGCCUACAUCGAGCUGGUGCUGAAUCUCCUGCCCGUUGGCGUCCGAGGGCUGAUGCUGGCGGUGAUGAUGGCGGCGCUGAUGUCCUCCCUCACCUCGGUCUUCAACUCCGCCUCCACCAUCUUCACCAUGGACGUCUGGCUCCACCUGCGUCGGAUGUGCAGGAGGCGCGGGCGGGAGGGAAGUCUGCUCUCGGCGCCUCCGUCAGACGUCGAGCUGGUCGUCGUCGCCAGGAUCUUCGUGACGGCCAUGGUGGGCGUCAGCGUCGUCUGGAUCCCGGUCAUUCGGAACAACGCCACAUCUGAACUCUUCGAUUACAUAAACACCAUCAAUUCUUUCCUGGCGCCUCCCAUCUGCGCAGUGUACCUGUCGGCGCUCUUCUGGAACCGCACGACAGAAGCUGGCGCCUUCUGGGGUCUCAUGUUCGGCCUGGCUGUUGGAGUUUUUCGUUUCGCUCUCGAGUUCACGUACACCCCGCCGCCCUGUGGCUUAGAUGCUGACUACGUGGAACCAGCGAUCAUCACCGCCCUGCUGACGCGCCUUCACUACCUCCAUUUCUGCUGCCUGCUGUUCUUCCUCACGAUCCUGGUCAUCUUCUGUGUGUCCCUUACCACGCCACCUCGGCCAAAAGAUUGCUUGUAUCGCUUAACCUUCUGGAGUCGCCACGACCCCCGCGUCAGAACCAUAGUGAAGGGAGACGACGACCACCUCGGCCAGACCUACCCCGUGGGAACGCAGACCCAGGAGGAACUCGCGGCGGAGGAGAAACCGUGGUGGCAGCGAGUUCUGUGUGGUGCGCCAGCCAAGACCAAGGGAAACACGGGAGCGGCGCCGGUGCUUGGGGAGGAGGAGCAGGCGGAGGAGGCCGUCAAGAUCAUCGCCGAACCUCCAUCCUGGAAACGCAUGCUUGACAUUAAUGCUGUCAUCUGCCUGGCUCUGUGCACUUUCGUCUAUGGUUAUUAUGCUUGAUGACCAAAGCUGGCCUUGUGAACUGCAGUUUCUAAGAAUGGAGAUGAUGCUGAACGAAGUGAAACUAAUAGAGUAUAAUGACUAUAUAAUUAGAACUAGUGCUCGGUUAUUAAGAGAAAAUAAUAGAGGUAGAUUGUUGAGAUAUUUUAUAAAUGUCAUAAAACGGAAAAAAA